GAAAAUUUACAUGUAUUAGAUGCCAAAUAGUUAUUUAAACAAUUAAAUAAACUUGAAAAAAAUUUGUUUUCUAUGUAAAAUGUGACAUAUUACACAGAAUGUAGAUUAAAUUAAAAAUUUUUUCUUGGGUCAGUUGAAAAUAGUAAGGAAAAUAAACACAAUAACUAAAUGUUAAGAGUGCAAGAUUUUCUUGUCCAGUUAUUUAAUUAUUUAUUAUAUUCUAUAUUUAUAUUUGCCGCUCAAGGCGACAACUUAAUUAUUAUGAUUAUUGUUUGACUGUGAUGGCGUCGUUUUCGCGCGCAGCCGAGCUGCAUAUACCACACUCUCCGGCUCGCUCGCUGUGACAUACACUUGUUGCUUGGACACUUGUCUGUUUUGUGUAUUACUACGUAGUUACAACUCAAGCAUCUUUAUUAAUAUUAUUAACUUUAUAAUACGUGUAUUUUUGAUAUCAAAGAUUAUUUAGAAGUUGUUUAUAUUUAUUAGAAGAAUAAAUUAACCUAGAUUCAGUUUAACAUAAACGUUGUGUUUCACUUUAUUCAAUAAACCUGAUAGGUUAUGGGCCCAGCACGCUUCCACUGCGCACGUGAUUGAUUUAUUGAAAAUAAAUUGAGUGAAGUGAUUGACCACAAGAUGUCAGAGUCAGAUAAAAAGCUUACACUGGUUGAUUACGACAGUGAGGGAAGUUUCGAGAAAAUUGAAGAUUCUGGAAAUGCUGAGAAGGACCCAGCAUUGCAGAUUAAGACUGAGAAAACUGAGGACACGCUCUACAGUUUGUCUCAAUUCCACAAAGGUUUAAUGCAACAAACAAAAGGCAAUCCAGAUUCAUCAACGAAAUCUAGUGACAUUAAAGAUGUAAAAGAGUCACUUAAAAGGAUGAACAACUUCUCAACUCCUGUCAAACCAGGUCAAUCGACGAGUACAGAUGAUGGUACAGAUGACCGUAAGAAUGAAAGUAAAGAUGAUGAUACUAAAGAUGAUGAUGAUUUUAAAGACAAGAGUGAAAAUACCAAGAUUAAAAUUAGAAGCAGCAAAAAGAUGUUAAUGCUUGGUAAUAAAGAUUUAGAAGAUAUGAAGAGGUUGAUGCUGGAGUCAAACAAGCAGACUCAAGAAAUAGCAACGUCAAUUGCAAGAACAGCUAGGAGACUCGAGGAAGUCUCUGCUGCAAUGUUAGAUGCCCUAAAGGUGAUGACAAAAGGGUAUAAAGCAGAGUUAGAUCGCGAAAAGACUAAAGCGGAAACAGCAAAGAAAAACCGACUGACAGAAAGAAGUAGAGCAGUGGAAGCUGGAUACAAGAAAAUGGAGGGAGUGUUAAGAGUGCAAGAUUUUCUUAUUCAGUUAUUUAAUUAUUUAUUAUAUUCUAUAUUUAUAUUUGCCGCUCAAGGCGACAACUUAAUUAUUAUGAUUAUUGUUUGACUGUGAUGGCGUCGUUUUCGCGCGCAGCCGAGCUGCAUAUACCACACUCUCCGGCUCGCUCGCUGUGACACACACUUGUUGCUUGGACACUUGUCUGUUUUGUGUAUUACUACGUAGUUACAACUCAAGCAUCUUUAUUAAUAUUAUUAACUUUAUAAUACGUGUAUUUUUGAUAUCAAAGAUUAUUUAGAAGUUGUUUAUAUUUAUUAGAAGAAUAAAUAAACCUAGAUUCAGUUUAACAUAAA